AUCCCAAAUCUUCUUUACUAAAAGACUUGAAAGAGCACAACUACUCAUUUCUGCUUCUAGUUAUGGCGGCUUCUUCUACUCCUACUUCCAUAACUUCUAAUCAGCGAAAGUAUGAUGUUUUCAUUAGUUUCAGAGGAACUGACACUCGUGACAAUAUUACCAGUCAUGUAUAUGAUGCUUUGUGCAAUGCAAGAAUUCAAACUUUCAUUGAUAAUGACCUCAAUAGAGGAGAUGAUGUUUCAGAUGCUCUUCUCCGAACGAUUGCGGAUUCAAAAAUCUCAGUUGUCAUUUUCUCUAAGAACUAUGCUUCCUCAAGAUGGUGCUUAGAUGAACUCGUGAAAAUCAUGGAGUGUAACAAAGAAAAUGGACAAAUUGUUAUACCAGUCUUCUUCAAAGUGGAUCCAUCACAUGUAAGAAACCAAUCAGGCCGUUUUGGACAAGCUUUAGCUCCGUAUGAAGGUCAUCUGAAGAUACAAAUAUGGAGGGACGCUUUGAAAAAAGCUGCUAAUUUAUCUGGAUGGGAUUCAAAGGUCAAAAGGCCUGAAGCUAUGCUUAUAAAAAGUCUUGUGAGAGAUAUUUUGGACAAGCUUUACUACACUCCCUCAAGCAAUUUUGGUGAUCUUGUUGGAAUGGGCUCUCACUUUGAUCGAAUUGAAUCAUUAUUGAGUAUGAUUAAUAAAGAUGUUCGCAUCUUAGGACUUUGGGGGAUGGGAGGUAUAGGGAAGACAACACUUGCUAGAGAAUAUUUUAACCAUUUUUUUCCUCGAUUUGAAGGGCAUUAUAUUGUUGAAGAUUUUAGAAAAACAUGUGAGAAGCGUGGGUUAAGUGAGUUACGAGAUAGACUAGUUACAGGAUUAUUGAAGGAUGGGAACUUAAAUGUAGGCACUCCCAAUUCAGGAAUUUCGUUUAUAAGGAAUAGACUCCGUCGUAUGAAGGUUCUAAUUGUUUUGGAUGAUGUUGAUGAUUUUCAGCAUAUAGAAAUUUUAAUUGGACAACGCGAUUGCCUUGGUUUAGGAAGUAUUGUCAUCAUAACAAGUAGGGACAAACAAGUGCUAAAGAAUGGAGGAGUUGAUGGUAUCUAUGACGUUCCAGGAUUGGAUUACAAAGAAAGUCUCUGUCUAUUUAGCCGAUAUGCUUUCAAACAAGAGCAUCCACCAGAAAGUCAUCACAAGAAACUGUCGGACAAGGCAAUAAAUUAUGCAAAAGGUCAUCCAUUGGCUCUUACAAUCUUGGGUGCCCAUCUAUGUGGAAGGAGCAAGCAUGAACAGGAAAGUGCAUUGACGAAAUUAGAGAGGACCCUAAACAAGGCUGUUCAACAAGUGUUGCGUAUCAGCUAUGAUGGAUUGGACCACCAACAAAAAGAUUUGUUUCUUAAUAUUGCGUGCCUCUUUAAAGGAGAGCGUGUUCAUGACGUCAAAUGCUUCCAUGAUGCUUGCAAUUAUUCUACGGAUAUCGAACUUGCUGUGCUUACUGAAAAAUCUCUUAUAACUGUUCGAAAUGGUCUAGUAUGGAUGCAUGACCUACUACAAAAAAUGGGUCGACAAAUUGUCAGUGAAGAAUCGAUUGAAGAGCCAGGAAAACGAAGUAGGCUAUGGGAUUAUGGUGACAUCUGUCAUGUACUGAAAAAUAACACGGGGACUGUAGCAUGCAAAGGUAUAUCGUUGGACAUGUGUAAACCAAGAGACUUGAGCAUAAAUCCAGUAGCAUUUCAAAGGAUGCACAAUAUUGAGUUCCUUAAAGUCAGAGUCCAUUCGUUUGUUGCAUGCCUUCCUCAUGGCCUUCAUUCUCUUCCUAACAAGUUAAGACAUAUGGAUUGGGAACAUUACCCUUUGACAUUUUUGCCAUCAAACUUUCUUGUGGAUAAUCUAGUUAGUCUCAAAAUGCGUAACAGCCAUGUUGAACGAUUGUGGAAUGGAAGACAGAAUCUUGUGCACUUGAAGAGGAUUGAUCUCGGUGAUUCGAAGAAGUUGAUUGAAAUUCCAGACCUCUCACUGGCGACAAAUCUUGAAUACCUGGGACUUGGGAAAUGUUCUCUUAUCAAGAAAUUUCCAGAGGUACCAUUGGAAAUCAAAUAUUUAUAUUUAUAUGAGACUGCAAUCGAAGAAGUUCCAUCAACAAUCUGCAAUUUCAAAUCCCUAGUUGCGUUGGACCUUGGUGGGUGCACGAGGCUUAAGAAAAUCCCCACCAGCAUUUAUCAAUUGAAACCUCUCCAGCAUCUUGGUCUGUGCUCUAUGUCAAAUAAAAGGGAGUCUCAACUAGAAGCUAAUAUACAUCUGAGGGAGUUAGUUGACCAACUUGUUUGGUUAUGUAAUGUGAAAUGCCUAAAUCUCACUGGAAACAAUUUUCGGGAAAUACCUUUCGCCAUCAAGCAGCUUACGAAUCUCACAAAACUUCACCUGUACGACUGCAAGAAGCUUCAAUCACUGCCUCAACUUCCAAUGAAUGUCCGAUAUAUAGAUGCAUCGAAUUGUAUCUCACUUGAAAUGGUGGCAAGUCCUUUAUCCACAGCAGCCAGAGGAAAAUUUGACUCUCACCGACAUCGGAUUUUGAUAAAUUUUUCAAAUUGCUGGAAACUGGACCAAAAUGCAAUAAACAUCAUAUUGGCAGAUGUAGAGUCGAGGUUGCUGCACUGGGAAGCCUCCUAUCCGAAAACUUUAUUAUCCUUGGAUACUAGAGCAGCCCAUAUCGCGUUUUCGGGAGGUGAUGUUCCAGAUUGGUUCAACUAUAAAAGCGGGGGAUCCUCACUAACUGCAAAGCUUCCUCCACAUUGGUGUAAUGACGAGUUAUUCUGCUUGGUUUUUUGUGUUGUUGUUGAGUUCAAGUGCAGAUACCCUAGGGUCGAUGCUCUUUUCUAUGAUUGCCACAUAGAAGACAACGGAGGUGACUGCUUCGGUUUCAAUGGUUGUUUGGGGUUAUGUUGGGGAUUUGAAAAUGCUGCUCAGCCAAAUAAAUUCUUUUUACUUUAUGAUAAAUCAUUGGUAAAUAAUUGGAGGAUACCUGGAAAAGCAUACGAUGCGGACGAGAUCUCAAUUGAAUUCUGGGUUGGAGAAGAGUUUGGAAACUGUUACACAGUCAAAAAGUGUGGCGUCCAUUUACUGUACACUCAUGAGAUAGAAGGUAGAUAUCGUUGUUCAGUGGUUCAACCUAAGUCUCCUUUUGGUGAUCUGACCCAGUUCCCUUGGAAGCAAGAUUGUGUGGAUGAUGAUAUUGAAGAAGCAGCCAUAGAAGAUGCUAAAGAUAAUGAAAGCUGUAAUUUGGGCAACCACGUGGAAGAUUUAGCUCCAGUGAGGCAUAGGAAAAUAAAACGGAAGCUGAAGCGGAAGACAUUAAGAAAUUUUACUAAAUGAGCUUGAUCUAAUUCUCCUCAUGUAUCAUUACUCAUCAGUUCAAGAGUAAGUCACCCUCUCUGGCCGCCUUCUAUUUUUUUUUAAUGUUUUUUAUCUGCGGGUUAUUGCAUUAUUGCUUUCCAGUAUUUGUUGAUCGUAUAUAAU